CUCUGGGCUACAUUUGGACCUUUCACUACGAUACCUUCGUUUAACAUCGGAUUGGGAAUUUAUUUCUGCAUAAAAAGUACACGGGGAUGCCAAUUGGUUGUUCUUCGCCCUACGAUUUGAGACGGGAUACGCAUACAUCAUGGAGCAUUCAUCGCCUCUAGCUGCCAUGCAGCCGCCAUCCGUCAUGUUUGGCCAUUGCUUUGGUUCUGAUGCUCCGCAGUUUCGUCCCUUUGGAAGCAUGGCCGGGUUUGGUCCUAAUAGCUUCAACUUCAAAGACUUGUCCAUGAAGAAGUCGACUACGGACUAUUUCACCGUGAAGCAAAUCUCCGGCUCGUCACCCGCCGCUAGCCUUGCGGCAGACCUGUCCCAGAACUUCCACAUUGACCAGAGUCCACAAUUGGCGACUCCUCGUCGUUCUCUGUUUUCGGCAAACGUGUUUGGAGAUGGAAGACGUGAGGAAUUGAUGACCACACCACCGUUGCCGGCUUCUUCACCAGCUGCUGACAUGAUGGAGAUGUCUCCCCUUCCACACAAGCUUCCUUACACAAUCACAACAGAAGUCUCGUUGCAGUCACCAACACCAGAGUCCUUGGACGUACCCAUGCCUAGUCGCAGUCCAUUGGAAGCGUCUCCUAUGGAAGAUGCACCACCUGCUCCAACACUAGACCGCAACAGACGACCACACCUCCUGCGUCCGUCUCUGGUCCGCUCCAAGGCUCACUCCGCUCAGCUGGGUGUACCUCGCGUCACCCCCGAAAGCCAGCCUCCUCCGUUCAAAUUCGGAAAUGGUAGCAGUGGUUUGUCGAACUCGAUGUCUUUGGGGGACAUGUUCAAUGAAUCACCACCGCAGGAACGAGUGAUGGGAAAGAACUCCUCCGCAAGCAUGCUUGGUCCCCGCCUGAGACAGCCCUUUCCUGGUCGUAGCAGUGGCUCGGCGUCUCCCGUCCCCAGUGCAAUUCGGAAGAACUCGAGUGGAAACCCAUUCAUGCGCCCUCGCAAGCAAUGCAGACGGUCUUUGAGUAUGUUUGAGCACCCAGAGGACGUUGUGCGUCAAAAAGAAGCCGAAAUGGUGCCAGAGCCCACGUUGGCCUCCAUCAUGGACGAGGAGCCUGCCUAUCAGCUCCAGCUUCCCCAUUUUACCCCUGCAGACAAACCGGACAGCUUGCCCCGGAUUAAUAAGACAGUCUUGGUGGACAUCCUUGACGGAAAGCUCCAAGACCGUCUGGAUAGUGUGGUAAUUAUUGAUUGUCGAUUUGAGUAUGAAUAUGAGGGCGGGCACAUUAAUGGCGCAAUCAACCACACCGAUAAGGAGAUCUUGGCCAGCCAGCUUUUUACUGACCCCAAACCGAACACGACUCUGAUCUUCCACUGCGAAUACUCCGCUCAUCGAGCUCCUAUCAUGGCAUCCUUCAUCCGCCACAUGGACCGAGCUCAUAACAUCGAACAUUAUCCAAAACUGACUUUUCCAGAGAUGUACAUUCUGGACGGCGGGUAUAGUGCUUUCUUUGCGGAACACCGAGCCCACUGCUAUCCCCAGAACUACGUCGAAAUGACAUCCAAGGAACACGAAUUUGCAUGCGAACGAGGGCUUGGAAAAGUUAAACAGCGAUCAAAAUUCGUCCGCGCUCAGACUUUUGCCUUUGGGCAACAGUCUCCUCAGAUGGAAGACAGCCCGACAGGACGAUGCCGCAACACCAAUGAUCGAGUUCGUAGUUUGGAUUCGCCUUUUGAGUUUCCCGAUUCGAGUCGUCUGUCUGGUCGCCGCAUGCUUUCCUACUAAAGCUCCUUACUCCCAACUAAGCUGUCAAAUUAAUUUUGGUGGCUAUAUGGCCUUAAUGCUGCUACGCCUAUGUGUCGAAACACUACAAUCCGGACUAUUUUCUACGGUUCCCAUGUCUUGAUUUAUCUCUCUUUCGUUCAGCCUUUGAUUUUCAAUUCUCGAUUUCACACUUUUUCUUCAAGCCGGAUUAUCUUCCGGCUUUCUCUUCGGACCUUACCGGCGUUAUUGCGUUGUAUCGGUACU